AUCACGACUCGCGCUCAGGCUGGUGUUGGCGUUCUGGUAGAACCCAACCUUGCCGGUAGAAUAAUCGAUUGGAAGCCUAUCAGCAGGAGGGUGGUAAUCCUCCGAGUGAAGCUACAACAGGCUAAAUCGAAGACGUUGGUACAGUUAUGUGCGUCCAAUUUGGAAGCAGAAUAUGAGACCUUCCUUGAGGAAGUCCAGUGUGGAUUGUCUGAAGUGCUGAACACAGAGUCCCUCAAACCAAUUGGCGAUUUUAAUGCGCAUGUCGGAGUAGACGCUGGAAAGUAA